AUGGCAAUAUAUCAGAAAAUAGCUGCCAAAGGUCCUCCUCCUUUUUCUCCCCCUCCUCCUCUUCCUCUUCCUCCUCCUCUUUCUCCUUCACCCUUUUCUCCUGAUCCUCCUCCUCCUACUCCUUCUCCUAAACUCCCUCCUCUUCCUCUUCUUCCACUUCAUCCUCUUCCACCUUUUCUUCCUAAGUUGGAAGGGCGCAUUUUUAGUAUUUUUACUCUGGAAGAAGUACCAGUCUUCUGUCUUACGACUUUCCAGAGAAUAUAUCCCCUAAGUGUGGUUUGGUGUACCCUUUCGUACGACAGGGAAUUUCUGCCUCUGGAAGUGCCGAAGGUGAAAAAAGGGAAGCAAAUCGAAAAAGAGCCAGCAACUGUAUUCGAACCUUGUGUAUUGCAUAUAUAA